UUAAUUCAGGCGUUUGGGUUGGCCACCUAUACCUUUACCCUAAAGUACUUGGCGUCAGUAAAAUAAACCCCGUAAAAAACACAUUAAAUGGAAACAAUGAGUUUUUAACACCAUGUAACAAACCUGCCGUGAGUCUGGUGUUUAAUUUUGAAGGCAGCAGUCAAGUUGUUCCGGUGUUUCCAUCAUUAACUCGACGAGGCGACACCGGCAAGCUACACCUCUUACACGAGAGACUGGCAAGUGUCGGCGGAGCUCAGAGGACCAGCGGAGGGGCGGCAGGAGUGGUCGGCUGCACUCGGAUGAGACGCCACCUCCACCCGGCUCAGAAUGGACCAAUCACCGUGGGGAGAAGAGCUUGACGAGACCACCUUUUGAUGGCAGUGGAACGUAGCAUUCCAACUCCAUGCAUCAUCCAGGCCAAGGAUCUCCAGACGUUCCCUGAAUCAUCUACAUGCAGGAAGAGGGCGUCAAUGGAGAGCUAGCUAGAGGAACCACGUGAUUCACUUCUGACUGUUGGAUGACAUAACGGCGUCUGAGUUAGACUCUUCUAGCAGACCAUAGCGCUAAGUGGACCAACAGAGUGGAAAAAAGCCACUGCCUGACUUUGCCAAAGACCAGAGCCAAGUAAGCAGAGGCUCCACAUGGAUUAUAAUGACCUCACACUGAUAAGUCAUAUAUGGACUCUAGCUGAGGUUACAUGAACUUUGUUUCAAUCUCUGAUAUUUUAUGCAAGACGUGACCAUGUUGCGGCGUGCACGACUCGACUGGAUAUCUGUUCGAAAAAUGUGUUAUUUUUGCACUCAUAAAACGAUUCCUGUAGGAGGUGUGCUGGUGCUCCUCUGCUGCUUUCUGUGGCUCCUCUAUGUGAUGACCUGCCGUCCCCAGCAGUCAGAUGACCCUCAGCUGAAUCACGCCAUGCCCCACGCCAACCCAAAUCAGCUGGGGGAUACAAGGCCGCCGGUUGGAGCAGGCGCCAGUGGAACAGGACAAGUCCUCCUGCAAGAACGUGAGGAGCAGCACCGCUCCCACAUCUGCUCCCUGAAGAAGAAGAUUGCUCAACUCAAAGAAGCGUUGCAGGAGCAUAGCCAGCAGCUUAAAGGUGUGCAAGAUAGCAUGAAGGGGGCCAGAGGAGCCCCGCAAGAAGGGUACAAUGUCCAAGGAGGUCUUGGGGAUGCUCCAGGGACCAAAACCCAGCAAAUGGACCUCCAGGACUUUCUGAGGAGCCAGCUUUCCAAAGCUGAAGUGACAGCCGGGGAGAGGCUUCCUAAUGAGUACGCGGUGGUCCCCUUUGAGAGCUUCACUCUGCAGUGGGUCUAUCAGCUGGAGAUGGGGCUGAGUCGUUACCCCAGGGAGAAGCCCACCAGGAAGGACAAGCGAAACGAGCUGGGAGAGGUGCUGGAGACGGCUCUGCACAGCCUCAACACACCGUCGGCCCAGCAGAACGGAAAAAGUAGCAAAGUGUAUACAACGUCUGACUUCAUUGAAGGCACCACACGCACAGAGAAGGACAAAGGGACCUUGUAUGAGCUGACCUUCCAAGGAGAGUACAGUCACGAAUUCCGACGGCUGGUGCUCUUCCGACCCUUCGGACCGCUGAUGAAGGUGACAAACGAGAGGGUGAACACGGGCCACGUGGUCGUCAACAUCGUCGUGCCACUGUAUCGCCGCACCGACAAUUUCAAGCGCUUUAUGCACAAUUUCAGGGAUGUCGGUAUACGCCAGGAUGGCCGCGUCCAUCUCACACUGGUGUAUUUUGGGAAAGAGCAAAUGAAUGAAGUCCGCAGUAUUCUGGAGAGCACGGCCAGGGAGGCUAACUUCAAAGACUACACUUUCCUGCAGCUGGACGAGGAGUUUUCUCGAGGUCGGGGUCUGAACGUCGGGGUCCAAGCGUGGAAGGGCGAAAAUGUGCUGCUCUUCUUCUGCGACGUGGACGUCUACUUCACUGCAGAGUUCCUGAAUUCUUGCAGACUCAAUGCAGAGUCCGGUAAAAAGGUGUUCUACCCGGUGUUGUUCAGCCAGUACAAUCCCACGGUGGUCUAUGGUGGGGCCGAGCACAUCCCGCCAAUGGGACAACAGCUGGUGAUAAAGGAAAACACAGGCUUCUGGAGGGAUUUUGGUUUCGGCAUGACCUGCCAGUACCGGUCGGACUUCAUCAACAUAGGAGGUUUUGACAAGAACAUCAAAGGCUGGGGCGGUGAGGAUGUCUACUUAUACAGGAAGUACUUGCACAGUAACAUUAUGGUAGUCAGAGCGCCUUCGCGAGGCCUCUUCCACCUGUGGCACAAAAAGGAAUGCGCCGACGAGCUCUCGCCGGACCAGUACCGCAUGUGUAUGAAUUCCAAGGCCAUGAACGAGGCCUCGAGGGGUCAGCUGGCGAUGCUCCUGUUCAAGAACGAGUGGGACGCUCACCUUCGCAUGGAGAAACAAGACAAACUCAAGGAGAACUAAAGACUGUCCAAAAUAUCACUUUUCUAAAGAAAGAAAUCUCAGGAGUAUAUUACUUAUCACACGAGAUUCACCAUACAGUUUGUUUUUUCCAGGAGGUAUUGAACUAACCAUUCAGGGACAUGAACACUUCACCUCCCAUAAAUCAGGAAUGUCCUGUCUCUUUAAAACCUGGGUGCCUUCUCACAACCACAAGCUGGACUUCAAUAUUGCUUUUAUUUGUGAAGAAGCGGCGCCACCUAUUGGACUAAAAGUGAACAACCAAUGAAGGACAUACAGUGGUGCCUUGGUUAAAGUCAUUCAAGUCGUCUCCAACCACAUGGGCUUUAACCAAAGCAAAUUUUCCCAUAGAGAAUAAUGUAAAUCCAAUUAAGCUGCUCCAGACACCCAAAAAUAUUAACACUAAACACAUGUUAUAGAUAAUAGUUAUAAUUUUACAUGCAGAUAACGAUGCAAAAGUAAUUACAAAUAACCAUAAUUUGCAAAAAUUGCACCUUGUCUCGGGAUGGUCCAUCGCAAGCCAAGGCAAAAUUUUACUAAAGAUUUUUGGGGAUGUUAACUGAGGUACCACUGUAUUUAAAGCUUACAACAGCCUUAUGAAGCUGAGGUUUUUUAUGUAUAAUUUAUUCCCUAUUAUUUAUCCAUACCACCCUGUAAAAUGAUUACAACGAUUGCAUUUCUUAUUCCUGAAUAGAACGUAUUUUGAAGACAGGACAAAAAAAUAUGCUUAUUUUUUGCAAUACUACCAUUUUUUGUUGACGCUACACUAGCAAUUAUUUCAAAUACAACAAUUUGUUUGUCACUAAAUUGGGAAUACACGGUUCUGACAUUUGGGCCGAUGAUUGUAUUUACUGACCAUCAACUAUAAGAAUAAUAAUAAUAAUUAAUAAUAAUAAUAAUAAUAAUCCUUUAAACGGAUAAUAAUAUUUUAAUAAAAAUUAAGGGAUAAAUCCAUUGGUGAUUUAUAUUAAAACAAUGGCCGUGUUUAGAAAUACCCGAAUUAUCCUUCUCAUGGUCAGAAUUUGCCUAUUUAUAGUAGAUUUUGUUUUAUUCCAAUUAAAUGUGACUUGUUUUUACAUGUAUAGAUAUUUACAUUAGAGUAUCAAAAUCAUUUAUGGCACUUUUAUGGCAUUUAGCAUAACCUGCAAUCUGUUUUUGUUGAUCAGGAGCACAAGGGUCAACUGCGAACAUGUCAUGUGAUAUUUUGUCUGUUAUUACUUAGUGUUGUUUUUUUAUACAUCCCAUCAGUCACUGGUCAGAUGCUGAACAUUUAUGUUUUUGUUUUAGAUUGUAAACGAUGCAUUGGUGACUCUAAAUUGGCCAUAGGUGUGAAUGGGAGUGUGAAUGGUUGUUUAUAUGUGCCUGCCUCAUAUCAGUUGGGAGAGGCUCCACAUUCCUGCGACCCUCGUGAGGAUAAGCGGCAUAGAAGAUGGAUGGGUGGAUGUAAACAAAUGCUGUAGUCUUGAAAUGUGCACACCAUGGUGCUUGACCAAAGAUGUGAGCUAUUUUGAAUGUUUUUUUUUCACUCAUUGUAAAUAAAACAUAUGCGGUAUAUU